GUAAAGAAGAAAAUUAUUGUUUCUGAUUUCAUUCGUUUUUUAAUUAUUGAUUCUAUUGAGUUGUUAUUUUUGAUUCUGUUUCUUAUUUUGUUGUCAUUACAUUUCUCUAAAAUUUUAAUUUGUAGUUAAAUCGUAUUAUCUACGUUUUAUAAAUAAUAUCGAUAGUGUUGGUUAUUUGUAGUGUAAUUGAACCCAAAAUUCCCGUUAUGUCUGUCACAAUACAUUUAACGCAAACCGAAAGAAAGUAUAACAAGACAAUUAUUGUGGCUAUGUGCAAAAAAAAAUAAUGUCAGGAUUGGAAGUCUUAGAGUUGCUACAAACAUUAAGAUGUCGUCAAAUAGUAAUAUAGAAAACUCCAAAAACACAGAUAUGUUAACAAGGAGUUAUUCGGAUCGUAGCAAUGAUAGAAAUAGAGAUACCAAUAGUAAUCGAGAACGAGAUUAUGAUGGAUUAAAACAACAAUGUGACAAAGCAAUGCAUGAAUUAAUAAUGCUACGACGGCAACAUGGUGAGACUGUGCGAAGGUAUGAUCAAACAAGAAAAGAAUUGGAAUAUUAUCGAGGUCAAAAUCAGGUUAUGAUAAAUCAAAUUGAACAAGCUGCUCAAGAAUCAUCUUCUUUACGAGCUAAAUUAGCUGUUGAAAAACAAAUUUUAGAUCGAUCACAGCAGGAUCUUCCAGAAGAUGAUACAGCAAGUGGUGACUCUCUUAAUGAUCAUUUUAUGUCUUAUGACUCAAGAUUGGAAAAUUAUGAAUCGCUUAGAAAGGGAUAUGAAGAUUUACGCACUACACAUUCUGCAGCUGUAGAUAAAAUGGACAUGAUGAAAGAUGAGAUCAAUCAGUUAAAAAAACAAUGCAAUGAGCUAUUUAAGGAGCGGGAUAUAGCACUUCGAGAAAGAGAUGGCCUUAAACAGCAAUGUACAGCUGCUAUACGACAGUGGGAUUUAACACUACGAGAACGGAAUGACCUCCAAGAAGCUAUCCAGAAAGUGCAACAACAGCAUGAAGAAGCAGUUAAAGAAAUGAAAGCGGCUGUUGCCUAUAGUGUUAAAAGCAGUAAAGAACUAAAAGAAUUAAAUAAAGCUCAUGAUGCUGCUGUUAAAGAAUAUAGGCUUAUUAUGAGUGAACGUGACAGUGUACAUAAUGAACUUGAAAAACUUUCAGAAGAUUUGUCACAAGCUUACAAUAAAAACAAAGCUUUAGAGAACGAAAUUAAAUCUUGUCGAGAUGAUAAGAAAACCCUUCAAUUGCAUAUUGAGUCAUUAAAACGUGAAAUAUCAUCUGCACUGCAUGAUCGUGAUAAAGCACUUAAAGAGUGCAAUGAUUAUCAAGAAAGAUUUGGGGAAAUAACUGCAAAGAAUGAGUCUCAAAGAGAAUUCAAGAGUCAUUUGGAUUAUGGUUUUAGUAGGGAACGAGAAAAUAGAAAUGAUUCACGCGAACAGGUAGCCGCUUUAGAUUUAUACAAUUCUUGUCAAAAAGAACGCAUGGAUAAUCUAGAUCAGGCCAAUCAAGAAAUUGAACGCUUAAGAAAGUUGGCUGAUAAAUAUCACGCAGAGUUGGAUGAAUCAUUACAAGAAGCAGAAGUCUCAAAAAGACGACGCGAUUGGGCAUUCAGUGAACGCGAUAAAAUUGUACUGGAGCGUGAAAGUAUACGUACUCUUUGUGAUAGUUUAAGAAAACAGCGUGACGAUGCAGUUAGCAAGUUGGCCCGUGCAAUGAGAGACUGUGAUGAUAUAAUGAAACAAAAAAGUGACACUGCUAAAGAGCUCAACGAUCUCAAGGAAAAAAUGGAAGCACAGCUAGAAAAGGAAGCACGUAUAUUGCAACUACAAGCAACUGGUCGUUACAGUCAAGACUCUGCAAUUGAUACUGAUCUUCAAGACUGGGAUACAGAAAUUCUAAACAUUGAUUUAGGAUCUUUAGGGUCAAAUGAUGAUUUGGGUAUCGAUUUGUUAGGAGGUAGAGAUGAUCCUUUAUAUCCUAAUGACAAUGCAAUUUACAUAUCAUCUGUUAGUAAAGGAAGUAUUGCAUCAAGAAAAUUAAGAGUAAAUGAUUGUAUCCUAAGAGUUAAUAGCCUUGAUUGUACAUCGAUUAGUAAACGACUAGUUCUAGAAACGAUGAGAUCUCUGAGUAGUGCUACUUUAGUUAUUCGUCGAAGAAAACCUGCUUCACCUUCUAGAAGUCUUUUCACUACCCAACUUCAAGUGAAUAACUAUGACCACGGAAUUUCAUUAGAAACGGGUGUUUAUAUUAACAAAAUAACUCCAGGAUCUCUAGCAGCCAAAGAUGGAAAUUUAGAUGUAGGCGAUAGAGUGUUGAGUAUUAAUAAUAAGACUGUGGAAAACAUUAAAAAUUCAAGAGAAGCCAUGUUACUAUUACAUGAACCAGGUGAUGUUUUAACUAUCACUACUAUGAAAUCCACCUAUUGUGCUGGUAACUGCGGCUCGGGACCGAAUCGUGAUAUAUACAAAAAAUACACAAACAGCACCACACAAACUGAUAAAUCUAGCUAUACUAGAUAUCAAGAACCUUACCAAGAACCACAAUAUGUUCAGUCUAGAAGAGUGAUGUUGGAUGUACCUGAAAAACCUCACAGAAAUCCAUCGCCUGUUAACAACUCAAUUUCAGAACGUGACCAAGAAGAUGCUAUUGCUGAAUUAGAUUCUGUUAUUGAUGCUUUCCGACCUCAUCCAGCACCUAAUACUACCAAACUUUCUAGUCGUCAUAGAAAACCAAAAGAAUUAGAUAAGAAUGGGGGAACUUGGCCUAAGGCUAGAAGUGGUCCAGUAAUCGAGCAUGGUACUGGUACUAUACUUCAUCCUCGUAAAAAUAAAGAACGAUUGCCAUUAUCGGUUCUCUUGAACAACCCUCCUUCUUGGUCUCCACAAAAUAAUUCAAAAACAGACACAUCGUCUAUAGAUUUUUCUGUCAGGUCUGGAAAAAUAGGUAAAGAUGUAAUGGAAUAUUAUGCCAAGAAGAAAAGUGGUAAAUAUGCUAAUAGUGAUACAGAAAGUAAUGCUGGUGAUAGCCCUGCAGUUAGACCGCUUUCACACAGUAUGUACGGUCCACCGUCAACCAAUGCUCACCAUUUUUUCACACCACAAUAUACUAGGUAUACUCAACCAUCACCGUCCAAUAGUGGAGAGUCGAUGCUUUAUUGUUUUGAACCGCCCUAUAGUCAUGUGUCUCAAUUUCAUCACAGUCAUUCUCCUUCAGUUGACAUGCAUUAUAACAGACAUACGACUAGAUCACCACAUCGUAUAAUGAGUAAUAUUGGUUAUCGAGGUGAAGACAUGCCCGAGUCUUAUCAUGGUUAUGAAGUAGGUACAUUUCCUAGAAAGAGAGAAAAUCCUAGAUUUAGAAUACCUUCUAAUCCAAGUGUAACAAGUAAAAGUAGUGGUGGUGCUGUUGGUAUUUCAACAGGAAGUAUUGAUAGGUCUGUAAGCAGUGAAAGAGACAGCCCGAUGCCUACGUUUAGAGUAGAAGUUUUAAACUCUGGACAAAUACCAAUGCCAGCAAAUAAGCGACAAUCUUUACCAGAAUACGGUUGGGCCUCAAAGUAUUUGAAGAAACCAUUGCUAAGAGGUGUUGGUAGUGGCCCACUACCUGGAGAGUUAAGAUGGAUAAGUAUAGAAAAAUCAGUUGAACCACUAGGUAUUCAAAUAGCGGAGAGUGAUAGCGGAGGAGUGUUUGUCUCUACUGUGAGUGAACAUAGUGUAGCUUCAAAACUUGGUCUCCAGGUCGGUGAUCAGCUGUUAGAAGUAUGCGGGAUCAAUAUGAGAAGUGCUACUUAUCAGUUAGCGGCAAAUGUUUUACGACAAUGUGGAAACUCCAUUACUAUGCUGGUUCAAUAUAGUCCAGACAAGUAUCAAGAACUAGAAGGAGCUGAAAGUUCAACGAGUAGUCGAUCAGAAACGCCAACACCCUGUAACUCUCCUACUGUUAAUAGGAAAUCAACGGGUGCUUCUGUAUUGGCUCAUGGAAUGACGACUUUAACGCGUCGCAAAAGCGAUAGAAACUCUGAAAAUAGAGGUAUGCGAUUGUAUGAACCGCGUUACUUGAUUAUGGAAACUAGAAAGUGUAGUAACUUAGGAAUAAGUUUGGUUGGAGGCAAUGCUGUUGGAAUUUUUGUUCACAGUGUAACUGUAAAUUCAUUAGCGUUCAAUGCGGGUUUAAGAACUGGUGACCGUAUUCUUGAAUAUAAUGGAACUGAUUUAAGAGAAGCUACGGCCGAAGAAGCGGCUUAUGAAUUGGCUAAACCUGCUGAUAAAGUAACUGUCCUCGCUCAGUAUCUAAUUGAUCGAUACAAUGAAAUUAAAGAUAAGCCUGGAGACAGUUUCUUUAUCCGAGCCCUGUUCGAUCGUACGGCUGAACUUGGAGAUUCAUCAACAAAUUCAUCUCAAUUACAGUUUCGUAAAGACGAUGUGCUUUAUGUUGAUAAUACAAUGUAUAAUGGAGUACCUGGUAAUUGGCGUGCUUGGCUUGUCGAUCAUAAUGGUUACAAACAACAAGUCGGCAUCAUACCUAGCAAAUACAAGGUCGAAGAAGAACUUGUUAUCAGACGAAGUGGUGGUGAACUCGAGUGUGAUGCACGACGAGCAACAAGACGAAGUUUCUUUAGGCGUAAAAAGCAUCAACGCAGCAAUUCUAAAGAAUUAGCUAGCUUUUCAAACAUCAAUUUAGGCUGGUACAGCAGUGAUUCCGGUACACUACACGAUGACUCUCUUGUUAUUGCCUCUUACCAAAGAGUCAUUAGAUUGAACUCUGAGCCAAGUAUUCGUCCAGUCAUGGUUGUUGGGCCCUUGGCAGACUGUGUUACCGAUAAGUUAAUUGGAGAUUUCCCAGAUUUGUUUAUGAGAUACAUUCCUGAGGCAAAACAUUGUUCUCAGGCUUCUAUGGAAAAAGGAGUUGCCGAUAGUAUUUUUAUAGAUUAUCGCAAAAAAGGAUCCAUCUAUGAAUGUGUUUCGGUAGCUGGACUCAAAGAAGCAUGUGGCAAGAAUUGCCAUUGCAUUAUUGACAUUGGUUUGACCAGUGUUGAAAGGCUUCAUCGCCAUCACAUAUAUCCGAUUGUCCUACUUAUCAAAUUCAAAUCUACAAAACAAGUAAAAGAGGCUAAAGACUCGCGUUCGUCUCACGAUAAAAUUUCUGCUAAAGCUGCCAAAGAAAUGUAUGAACAUGCACUGAAAUUAGAGUCUGAAUAUCGACACUACAUAUCAGCCAUCAUACCAGCUGGAGUAAAUGUAGCAUAUAUGUGCACUCAAAUUAAAGCGGCUGUUGAUUUAGAACAAAGCAAAACAUUGUGGGUACCAUCACCGACGCCACUUUAGAGUAUUGUGUCUUCCAAAAUUUUAAUGUUCCGUCCAAGAAAAUAUAGUUUUAAUUAUUAUAAUUACUAAA